AAGAGGAGGAGGAAUGGCAGCGCCGUGGCGGGUACUGGAGCCCGCCCAAAAAUCCAUAAAAAUUUACUGAUCCCACCUUUUCUUACCCCAAACGAGCUUUACCUGGGCAAGAAGUAAGGCCAAAGGCUCCCACAGCAUGGCUCAGGCGAGUCUCCUGGCCUGCGAGGGGCUCUCGGGCGUCUGCCUCGUCCCCACCGUCGCCAGCAAGAAGAUGAUGCCCAAAUCUGGCGGGAAACAGGACGGGAGCCGGGAACGGGGCUCCAGCCCCGACCUCCUGUCCCUCCGCCAGGACCCCGACAAGCCCCGUGCCCGCAAGGACGACGAUGCUCCUGAGGCCUCCAACCCCAAGAAAUCCAUGAAAAAGCGCCGCAAGCGGGUUCCCAGCGCCGAGGGACCCCCGAGCUCCUCCCGCCGAGGAUCCCAGAUGGUGGUGAUUGAGCAAAACGGCUCCUUCCAGCUCAAGAACUUCAUCUGCGACCACUGUUUCGGCGCCUUCCGGAGCAGUUACCACCUCAAACGGCACAUCCUCAUCCACACCGGGGAGAAGCCGUUCGAGUGCGACAUGUGCGACAUGCGCUUCAUCCAGAAGUACCACCUGGAGCGGCACAAGCGGGUGCACAGCGGGGAGAAGCCCUACCAGUGCGAGCGCUGCAUGCAGAGCUUCUCCCGCACGGACCGGCUGCUCCGACAUAAGCGCAUGUGCCAAGGCUGCCAGACCAAGACCCCUCCCGACUCCCAGCUCCUGCUGUGAAAGUCUGGGAAUACCGGGAAGUUCAGGGGGUGCGGGAGGGGGGUGUUUCCUCCUGCACCCUCCCCCACCUCACCAUGCUCUGCCUCACCUGGAUUUCUCACCCCCUCUAAGGAUGGGGAAGAACCUGAGCGCUGCCAGCGUGAAAAAACUUGGAUCGUUCCUGCCCUCCGACCUAAAAACUUGGAUUAUGAUCCCAAAAAUCCUCCUGGAAUCUUCAAGUGGCCCCACCCCCCACCAUCGUUGUUCCCCUGAAUCCACCCCUCCCCCUCUUAUGAAAGACUGGGAACCCCCAAACUGCCCGAAAUCCCAGCGGAUCUGGGAUACCUGUGCACAGGUAGGAGGGUCCCGCUGGGAAUAGCAGCAUCGAUCCCUCUCUUCUUGGGGAAAAGGAGGGAAACUGAAGAUGUCGGGGGUGCUUCAGUUUAGGGGGUGGAUGCACCCCCAGUAUUUUUUUUUUUUGAAAAUAGGAAAAAAAAUGGAAUUUGGGGGCCUCCUUGAGUGGCGCAUCCUGUGGGACACUCAGCGGCAUUUCCCAUUUCCUCUGGAACUCCUUUAGAUUUUGUGGGGUUUCUUCUACAUCCGCGUGGUUUUGGGGUGCUGCCUAUGUCCCCCCAUGCUGGGAGGUCUGAUCCUGGGCCGGGGGAGGAGGAGGGGCAAGGAGCCCCCCAGUUUCCUGGAAAACCCUGUUCCAAGGGAAAGGAAAACCCCUGGAUCAGGAGCGAGGUAGGGGGGACAGGACCACCCACAAGCCCCCAAACACGAGGGGAGCCCCUGCUCCCCCUUCCCCCCCAUUUUGGGGGUGCCUCUGUUCCCCUAUCACAGACUGCUCCAAGGGGCAAGAGAGAUGUGCCCAUUUUUGUGCCCUGAGCCCCAUUUUUCUGGGCCUGUAGGAGUUUUGGGGAGGGGGGCAAAUUUUGGGGACUUCAGGAAGGACUUUGGCUCUGCUGAGCCCAUUCCCCGAAAUUUGCAGGGCCUAGGGGGGCAGUGUGGAGGCUUCAGCAGA